GUUAGCAGUCAACAUUUGUUAGUUGCCACUCUCCAUCCUCGUACUUCACACUCGAUCCAUUCACAGCUCCUCUUGCAAUGGCAGCUCACAGACUCGCUUUGAUCAUACACAACCCUUCCAACCACGACGAGUUUCUUCUCGUGAAACAGUCGCACCCUCCCAAAUUCCACGAUGAAGAAUACGACUCUUUCAUUGAUUCUGAUCUCUGGGACUUACCCUCCGCACAGUUGAACCGGCAACAACCAGAGUCAGAGACCCCGAUCGAGCUGGAGGUUCCUGCCUCACAUUCUGAGGACUUCAAAUCAAGCCAGUUCGACAUCCGUUCAGCUCUCAUUGAGGUGUAUGAACAGCUAGGAUUUGAAGCGGUUGUUGAGGGAGGGUGGAAGUUUCACAAGUAUGUGAAGGAAGCUGCGUUUGGACCCGGUUUACCUGUUAACACAGUUUACAUUGAGGGAAAAUUGGUAGCUGAGGACAAGGACAUGCAAGAUUCUCGUAAAUGGAUGUCCGUCAGAAGCUUUGAUAACUGGCUUCUUGAAGUGAAACCACAUGGUGAUCGUGUUGGACCAUUGGUAGUUGUUGGUCUUAUGAAUGACUCAUCUAUCUCUACAAAGUGGAAAGUCCCUCAAACCAUAAACUAUCAGGAGUACCCACCUGGUGUUAUACUUAUACCUAUGGGAAGUAGGACAGGAAAGCCUUUUCACACGACAAACAUUAUGGUGUUUGCACCUGAGAAUGCUCUAAAUGAUUCAAAGGAUAGUAAUUUUAUUGCAUGUGGAGAUGCACUAAUAAUUGAUCCCGGAUGUCUAUCAGAGUUCCAUGAUGAGCUAAAGCAACUUGUUACUGCUUUGCCAAGAAGACUAGUGGUCUUUGUUACUCAUCAUCACCAUGACCACGUAGAUGGUCUCUCAGUUAUCCAGAAGUACAAUCCUGAUGCUACUCUGUUAGCACAUGAAAAUACCAUGCGUCGCAUAAGCAGAGAUGAUUGGUCUCUUGGCUAUACCUCUGUUACUGGAGAUGAAGAUAUUUACAUUGGUGAUCAGAGAUUGAGAGUUAUUUUUGCACCGGGACAUACAGAUGGUCAUAUGGCGCUGCUUCAUGUGAAUACUCAUUCCUUAAUUGUAGGUGAUCAUUGUGUGGGUCAGGGAAGUGCUUUAUUGGACAUAAAUUCUGGUGGAAAUAUGAUGGAGUACUUCCAAACCACAUACAAAUUUCUGGAGCUUGCACCACAUGUCUUAAUACCAAUGCACGGGAGAGUAAAUCUCUGGCCAAAGCAGAUGCUGUGUGGAUAUCUGAAGAAUCGUAGGAGUAGAGAAGCUAAUAUCUUGGAAGCAAUUCAAGGUGGAGCCAAGACAUUGUUUGACAUUGUUGCAUAUGUAUAUUCUGAUGUUGACCGUCGGGCCUGGAUUUAUGCAUCAUCAAAUGUGAGGCUCCAUGUGGAUCAUCUGGCCCAUCAACAUAAGUUACCAAAGGAUUUUUCUGUAGAAAAUUUCAAUUCCAGUUUGGUUACAUUUGCCGACAGUGUGGGUAAAUUAUAAGUAUGAAGAGCUGCACUGGCUGGCUCUCUGACUACCUACCACCAGCUUCUUCAAUUGCAUUGAAAUAAUUGUGAGAGUGGCUGUUAUUCUCUUGUGGAACUGACAGAACAAACUGCAUCUGCCUUCUUAGGAUUUUUCAAUCCAGAAUUUCAAAAAUACCUGUGGGCUGCGUUUUCUAUCUCGAUGGAUAUGGGCAUACACUAGUGGCUGUUUACAUCUAAGCAAAUCUUCAUUUCUUAUUACUGGUGCUCUGGUUGGCAUCGCUGUAUCAGUGUAUUGUACUGUCAAAAACAAGUUCAGUAGAUAGACAGACAUGUGCACCUUCAUGGGAGAGUUGCAUUCUACUUGGUGAUUAAUAAGCGGCGUCUCUUGAUGAAUGCAUGCUGAAAUUGAUCACGUAGACUUGCUGCCAAGUAUUUACUGCUUUCUCCUACCAUCAAGCUUUCUUGUAUUUCUAUUGCUUAUGGGGGUGUCUAUAGAAGCAUGGGUGUCUGUGUUGUUGUUUAAUAUAAUUAACUUAAUUGCAGCGUUGAGUGAAAAAUAGUUACUCUUCCUCUCCUUAUGUGAGAGUUUGAGAGUUUAUGUUCCAUUAAUGAAGAAAUGAUGAAAUUUGCAUUUUUUUGCAAA